AUGUAUUACCACCUCUCGACGUCAGAUGAGCUCUGCGAUGAAAACCUGAGUCAAGAUUCUUUCUUGACUGCUGUUGACUGCACUGAGGAAUUCUUAUCAACAGAAGAGGAAGAAUACCAUUGGGAGGCAGAUGGACUUCAAAUGGUUACGGCAGAAGCGAACAGGCUCGCUGCGCUGUUGAUUUUCGAAGAUACCUGCGCUCUUCACUUCCCAGAGUUGAAAUCGCCAAGUGCAACAGGCCGAGAGGAUUACAUUGAAAAGAGUAUCUCAACAGUGAAGAUAAUCUGCGACAAGGAGCAGGUCCCAGCAGCACUACCUAUUUGGCCUGUAUUCAUAGCAGUCUGCUCCAUCGUCUCAGAGGAAGAUCGGUGCAAGUAUUAA